AAUAAUUGUUCCGGUUUGGAAGGCAAAGAACAAAAUCAUCAGUACGCGUCGCCUAAUUAGCUGCUUAAUAUUGAGAAUAGUGACGAUCGUUCAAUCGUACCAUUCAAUACCAUUCUAUUGUGAUAACAAUGUUUCCAAGUUACAGAAGAAGUAUUUGUUACUGACGAAAUGCAGGAACUUGCGGUAGAUGACGAUGCGGUUGUAAUUGAAGAGAUUGUGUACGAUUCACAGGAUGCGCUUGAGUUUGAAGAAGCCGCAGCUACUGCCAGCAGCUCCAAAGGACAGCAACAAUCGUCCGCACAACCAAUCGCACCGGCACCACCACCCACUCAGAAGCGGAAGAAGCUAACGUUGGAAAAUAUGGACGGCUUAUUGGUAACGAUCUGCGCACUACAGAGAGACCACAACGAUUACUUUAACCGCUAUCAAAUGGAAUUCAUCGAGAAUGAGUUCGAAUCGUUCCGGGAGAAGGAAAAGGAACAUCUGCUACAACUCAAACUCGAGCUGGAGGUAUUCAAGCAGAAGUUUUUGACUCGAAUACAGAAGAUUGCUAGCGGUGAUGGAACAGUGGAUACGGGCGGUGAUGAACCGGUUGCAAGCGAAUCGAAACGACGCCGGGUUGCUGUUGCUAGACGAAAAUAGGCUAAGGUGUUUUGUUAGUUGCUAGUGGUAAUCGUUCGAACAACCAAACAGAGAUUGUAAUGAAAGUUUGGUCCAAGUAGUCGCACCAAGCUGUCAACGCCGUGUGUGCUGUGUGGAUAAACAAUCACUGUCAUCCCCUAACCAAAACAGGCUUAAACUGGUUGAAAACUUACCCGGAUGCUUAUAGGUUAUGUUUAAGGUGCAAAUUGUAUGCAUAAAUCGAAAGAAAUUCCCUAGAUGUCGGGAAGCGGUGUCUCAAAAAGCUUGUUGAGAAAAACAAUUACAAAACAAUUGAUCGGGACAGAUGUUCGAACCGGCACGAAGGGGCUCUUCAGGUGAACUAUUUGGAAAUUAACGAAAAACCUUAAUUAUGUUUGAAAACAAGUU